AUGGCGAUGAAGAAGUCGAGCAAGCUAACGCAAACGGCGAUGAUCAAGCAAAUCGUGAGGAGAUGCUCAAGCUUGGGGAAGAAACAGAGUAAUGUAUACAGCGAAGACGUUAACGGACAUCCUCUUGACGUGCCUAAAGGUCACUUCGUCGUCUACGUCGGAGAGAAUCGGGUCAGGUACGUUGUGCCCAUCUCGUUUUUGACCCGACCCGAGUUUCAGCUUCUUCUCCAGCAAGCAGAGGAAGAGUUUGGCUUCGAUCACGACAUGGGUCUCACUAUCCCUUGUGAAGAAGUCGUUUUCCGAUCUCUCACCUCCUCCAUGCUCCGAUGA